CACACGCACUUCUCUCCGCCCAUACAAACGAUUCAUAUUCCCUCCAAACGCCCCACUCACACACACACUCAUCAGAGAGAGAGAAUCUGAAUGGCUAUCGUGAAAGGGGAUGGCGUCGUUCCGGGCAGCGACGGAGGCAGCGGAAGGCCGGGGUGCAUAACGAGCCACGUGGCAGAAGGGAGCGUGGAGAGCACCAGGUUCUACCUGUGCCGUCGUACAGUCAUGGAAAUGCUGAGGGACCGAGGCUGCAACGUCUCUGACUUGGACCUCAAUCUCUCGCUCACUGAGUUCCUCUCCGAGUUCGGCCCCAACCCGGACCAUGAACGCCUCAGCGUCUGCGUCCAUCUACGCUCCAAGCCCUCCAAGAAGAUUGUUGUCAUCUUUUGUGGAACUGACGAGAUAAGGAAACGCAACAUGUGCGGUAUCUAUGCUGGCCUCCCGAACAAAGCAAGUAUUCACCAGCUGAUUCUUGUCUUACAAAGUAAAAUGAACUGCUAUGCUCGGAAAGAACUUGAAAAGUAUCCAUUUAAAGUUGACACCUUCCAUAUCUCGGACUUGCUGGUGAAUAUCACAAAGCAUGUUUCACAGCCGAAGCUUGAGAUGCUUACUGCUGAAGAAAAGAAGAAGCUGCUAAUGAAAUACAACUUGGAAGACAAGAAGCUCCCUCUGAUGCUGGCAACUGAUGCAACUGCACGAUACUACGGAUUGGAGAAGGGGCAGGUGGUAAAAGUCAAUUACAGCGGGGGAUUUGCUGGACCACUUGAAACUUACCGCUGCGUCGCUUGAUUCUUGUACGAGAUUUACGUGCCACUUUAUGCAGUGAUGAGUGCUGAGUUACAAACACAAGCUUAUAUCUUAGACAGGGUUUCGACCGAGAUACAAAGAUUGGUGUUGGUUUAUUGGCUUGGUUUUAGAUAGUACUAGUCAUGGUGGUGGUUGAAUUUGGCAUCCUCUCUUAAUGUGAUCCGUACAUUCAUCAAUAUAACUUGGAUUUCUUGG